UGACAAAGGCCACACUGUUACCGAACCUGCUUUGCGACCUUGUGAUUCUUGUCUGGAAAAAGAAAUUCAGUGCAUUAAAGCAGCAGUUGUGUGCGUCUCAGAGGAUUAUGAAUCAAGAAAUUCUGGUGCACAACAAAGAGCUUGUGAGAGUAAACGACGAACAGUCUGACCCGUUUUUACCAAUCAUAUCUCCCAUUCCUGAUGGUGUACAUGUUGCUAAGAGAAAACGGCAGAGUUUCUCAAAUUGGUUCCUGUUAGUAAACAACUACCAAAUAAAUUUGGUUCAACUCGGGGAGCAAAGAAAUGACCACGCCUUUCAUUCAAAGCUAGCACCCUUGGUACCAAUUAGUGCAGUUAGGAAUCGUGAUCGUCAAGAUGUCGAAUCUAUAAUGGAGAACUCAAGUCCAUUGGUGAGAAAGAUACUUACAUAUAAUGCUAAAACUUUAACUCACACUGUGGUACUUGAGUAG